GGGAAGAGAAACUGCCAGAGUCCACUUUGCUGCAAGCUGUUGCCAGUAGGGUGUCCCGAAUCCAUGUCCCAGUGUUUUAUUUUAUACCUUUCCUCCACAUGCACUACUCUACCCCCCACCCCAAAUGGGUCCAUGAAUUUGGUGAAAGUCAGGAAUUGCUCACCUUGGGAACUUCAGUUACCAAUUUCAGGGAAAUGCAGUUCUAUUCAUAUUUACUGAACACUCACAGGUCCUGGGCAGUGCUAGUGGGCAGUGCCAGGAAUCUCAGGAACCAGUACUCCACAGUCACAUCCCAGGAAAAUAAUCCUGCCCGUCUCUUGAGCAUCCUCGUUUCCUCGGAGUCCGCUUCUGUGUUUUGAUCCCAGCCAAACGUCAACAGUUCUUCGUAUUAGGGCUCCCACUAGGCUUCCCAGGGCCCUCCUGGAAGGAGGGAAGGAUUAAGGGGCGGGGAAUUGAGAGGGCUGGGGAGGUAAGGGAAGAAGGAGGAGAAGGAACAAGGUGCGCUCCCCUUCUCAUCGCGUUCCAAUCGGGAGUCAGCGGUGUUCCCAGGCGUCCAUCCCGGAGGUCCAGAGACUUCCAGGAACCCCUCUGACGUCCCGGGCCGUGGACUCUGGCUGGCCCAGCGUCUGCGGCUGCCUCCUCCCCCUCUCCGCCCUCCAGACUCCCUGCCUCACUCAGGGGCGUGUCCUGCCUUACCUCCCAGCACAGUGGUCCACUCAUCCGGUGACAGCAGCGGCAGCAGAGGCGGCGGCAGCGGCGGCGGCUUAGAGCAGCGAUCGCUCCAGGCUUCCGGAGCAGGAGCGGUGGGCGGCAGCGGCUCGGUGCUGGGCACCUGUGCGGAGCCGGAGAAGCAGGACCGGGUGGGGUGGUGCCAGCCACUCUGAGGCAGAGAAGGAAGGGACAGCACUCAGCUGAGAUUCCGCUACUCGCAGUAUUCGCCGGCUGGCAGGGGAGGUGGCACGGCGCAGGGAAUAUUGGUGGGGAAAACAUGUGCAAGGACAGCUAGAGGCCUUUGGUCCAAGUGUAGAGACACAAGGAAGACUGUGCCUGGCACCAUGACAGCGGCCCACCUGGACUUUGGGGAAGUGGAAACUUUCCUGGACAGGCACCCAGAGUUGUUUGAAGAUUAUUUGAUGCGGAAGGGGAAGCAGGAGAUGGUGGAGAAGUGGCUGCAGAGGCACAGUCAGUGUCAGGAGGCAUUAGGCCCAAGGCUGGCUCCAGCAGGCACCAGCAGCACAGUUCACGGUGGUGGCAGGGAUGGCAGCGGUGUUGGUGGUGGCCCUGGACCCUGUGGCUCUGCCAGCAGCCAGCCCACUUCUGGUGGUGGGGACUGUGGUGGGGUUCCCCUGAGUCCGAGCUGGGCCAGUGGCAGCCGAGUCGAUGGGAGCCUGCAGCGGAGAGCUUCUCAGAAAGAGCUAAGGAAGAGUUUUGCCCGUUCCAAGGCCAUCCAUGUGAACAGGACCUACGAUGAGCAGGUGACCUCCCGGGCCCAGGAACCCCUGAGCAGUGUCCGGCGGAGGGCACUACUCCGGAAGGCCAGCUCUCUGCCUCCCACCACAGCCCACAUUCUCAGUGCCCUGCUGGAAUCAAGGGUGAAUCUGCCUCAGUACCCCCCAACAGCCAUCGACUACAAGUGCCAUCUCAAAAAGCAUAAUGAGCGUCAGUUCUUCCUGGAACUGGUCAAGGACAUCUCCAAUGACCUUGACCUUACCAGCCUAAGCUACAAGAUCCUCAUCUUUGUCUGCCUCAUGGUGGACGCGGACCGUUGCUCUCUCUUCCUGGUGGAAGGGGCAGCUGCUGGCAAGAAGAGCCUAGUCUCCAAAUUCUUUGAUGUGCAUGCAGGAACUCCACUGCUGCCCUGUAGCAGCACAGAGAACUCAAAUGAGGUGCAGGUCCCCUGGGGCAAAGGCAUCAUUGGCUAUGUCGGGGAGCAUGGAGAAACGGUCAACAUUCCUGAUGCCUACCAGGAUCGGCGAUUCAAUGAUGAAAUUGAUAAGCUAACGGGAUACAAGACAAAAUCAUUACUGUGCAUGCCCAUACGAAGCAGUGAUGGUGAAAUUAUUGGUGUGGCCCAGGCAAUAAAUAAGAUUCCUGAAGGUGCUCCAUUUACUGAAGAUGAUGAAAAAGUGAUGCAGAUGUAUCUCCCGUUCUGUGGGAUCGCCAUAUCCAAUGCACAGCUGUUUGCUGCCUCAAGGAAAGAAUAUGAAAGAAGCAGGGCUUUGCUGGAGGUGGUCAAUGACCUCUUUGAAGAACAGACUGACCUGGAGAAGAUUGUCAAGAAAAUAAUGCAUCGGGCCCAGACUCUGCUGAAAUGUGAGCGCUGUUCUGUUUUACUCCUGGAGGACAUCGACUCACCCGUGGUGAAGUUUACGAAAUCCUUUGAAUUGUUGUCCCCAAAGUGCAGCGCCGAUGCUGAGAACAGUUUCAAAGAAAGCCUGGAGAAAUCAUCAUACUCUGACUGGCUCAUAAAUAACAGCGUUGCUGAGCUGGUUGCUUCAACAGGCCUUCCAGUGAACAUCAGCGAUGCCUACCAGGAUCCACGCUUUGAUGCUGAGGCUGACCAGAUAUCUGGUUUUCAUAUAAGAUCUGUUCUCUGUGUCCCUAUUUGGAAUAGCAACCACCAAAUAAUUGGGGUGGCUCAAGUGUUGAAUAGACUUGAUGGGAAACCUUUUGAUGAUGCAGAUCAACGACUUUUUGAGGCUUUUGUCAUCUUCUGUGGCCUUGGCAUCAACAACACGAUUAUGUACGAUCAAGUGAAGAAGUCCUGGGCCAAACAGUCUGUGGCUCUUGACGUGCUAUCAUACCAUGCGACAUGUUCAAAAGCUGAAGUUGACAAGUUCAAGGCCGCCAACAUCCCUCUGGUGUCAGAACUGGCCAUCGAUGACAUUCACUUUGAUGACUUUUCUCUCGAUGUUGAUGCCAUGAUUACAGCUGCCCUCCGGAUGUUCAUGGAGCUGGGGAUGGUACAGAAAUUUAAAAUUGACUAUGAGACGCUGUGCAGGUGGCUUUUGACAGUGAGGAAAAAUUACCGCAUGGUUCUAUACCACAACUGGAGACACGCCUUCAACGUGUGCCAGCUGAUGUUUGCCAUGCUAACUACUGCUGGGUUUCAAGAGAUUCUGACCGAGGUGGAAAUUUUAGCGGUGAUUGUGGGAUGCCUGUGUCAUGACCUCGACCACAGGGGAACCAACAAUGCCUUCCAAGCUAAGAGCGGCUCUGCCCUGGCCCAGCUCUAUGGAACAUCUGCUACCUUAGAGCACCACCAUUUUAACCACGCCGUGAUGAUCCUUCAAAGUGAGGGUCACAACAUAUUUGCGAAUCUGUCCUCAAAGGAAUAUAGUGACCUUAUGCAGCUUCUGAAGCAGUCAAUAUUGGCAACAGAUCUCACGCUGUACUUUGAGAGGAGAACUGAAUUCUUUGAACUUGUCAGUAGAGGAGAAUAUGAUUGGAACAUCAAAAACCACCGUGAUAUAUUUCGAUCAAUGUUAAUGACAGCCUGUGACCUUGGAGCCGUGACCAAGCCGUGGGAGAUCUCGAGACAGGUGGCUGAACUUGUAACCAGUGAGUUCUUUGAACAAGGAGAUCGGGAAAGAUCAGAACUCAAACUCACCCCUUCAGCUAUUUUUGAUCGGAACCGGAAAGAUGAGCUGCCUCGUUUGCAAUUGGAAUGGAUUGAUAGCAUCUGCAUGCCUUUGUAUCAGGCAUUGGUGAAGGUCAACGUGAAACUCAAGCCCAUGCUGGAUUCGGUGGCCGCGAACAGAACUGUCUCUGCAGGGAAGGCUGGAGAGACCAGAGGAGAAAAUGAGUACAGGAAAAAUUGCCUCCGCAGAGCAGGUAAGGGAGGUUGUUCAGAUUUAUGGAUUUUAUUAAGCCAGUUUUCUGAAUCACUCUGCUAUAAAGGAAAAUAGCUUCCGCAGGGCUGUCUCCCCUCCUUCAGGUGAGGAACAAAGGGUGGGUGGAGUUAGAGACAGACCGGGGUCUGCGACAUCGCGUCACAUGCCUGCAGUGCCGAAGCACUGCAGGUGUUUCUGGGUAUUGUGCCACAUCAUGUUUAUAUCACAAAUGGGAAUUGGAAAGCAGACCAUGUGAGCCAGAGAUGAGCCCACAUCUGUUAUCCUCCCCAACAAUAAAUAAAUAAAUAGCCCGGACAAACGGAUACCAGUCCAUCCAGAGCAAAAUUUUAAAGCAUGUGCUGUAGGAUAAAACUAGACCCAGAAUCUGACACAGACUGCAGGCAGCUACAAGCACGGUAGCUGCCCUGAACGUUGAUGCUGCAUAUUGCUAAGGGAAGCAUAAUUUAUAGCACAAACCCUACGGCUUCCACUAAGGUUGAGUUUUCGUCUCAUUUUCUUGCCUUUUUAUUGGCUUCACUGCACGGUUGCCAAUAGCAACAUCCACUGGUAGCAAGGGGAGUUCAACACCAUUGCAAUCUGCCAUAUAGUGGGGCCCUGACAAUGUCAACCAUCAAUCAAGUAGCUGUUUGUAAUUGCCUCCAUCUAUUUCUCCUGUCUCGAGGUAUCUUUGCUAUUGUGGGUCAAGAUUCAGAAACUGCUGAGUAAUGCCAUGGCUCUGUUCCUCCAUGACCAGAAAGCAGUGGAAAGGAGGCUGACAGCCUGCCUGGUGCCAGCAACCCCAGGGGUUAGAGGUUGAACUCAGGAGUUCGAAGUAUUUUCAAUACCUUUGAAAAUGAAUUUGUAAUUUUCCAAGAAUGUGAGGUAUGUGUGGUUAUCCACAUCUGCUUUUUCAAGAAAGACAGAGAGCAGUUUUCCCAGUCCUUAUUAUUAUUGUUUAUUUCCUAUUGUUGGGAGGGAUUUGAAAUGUGAGUCUUCUUGUAAAACCUCAAACUGAACAGUUUUGCUCCCUUGGGUCUCUUGGCACUAAUGAUUGAAAUUCAUCCCCCUUUUUACAUAAGAUAUAUAUUUUUUCAGACAUGUAGAUAACACAGGGCAGUCUACGUGGUAGCCAGCAAUACUGGCAGAUGGAGACAGCCUGGCAUGCCAUAGAGGUUGCCACCCAGUGCACAGAAGGCCAAGAUUCCAUCCUGGCUGGCCUCUCGCUGGGACCCUGGGGGCUCUCCAGGCCUCAGGUCUUCUAGAUGUUAAAGAAAUCAUUGAAUUUUAAUUCAGUUCUAACACCAAAGGACAAGCUGUGUUUGGCAUUACGCAGAUUUUUCCAGAUAACUUUCUUACUUAUUCUUCUCCAAAUGGGAGCAAAUGUGAAGAGAUCAGAUUUUCGGGGAAGACAAAAUUAAGCUACGUAUGUCGGGUAGAUAUAUAAACAAUCUGACUACAGACAUGCCCGAGCCUGCCUGUAGUAAUCAUGACAGAUAUGGUCACCAAAGCGUUUUUUAAAAUUACUCAUAUCUUCCUUUAUGUAAUAAAUUAGAACACUUUCAGUUGAUCUAAUAUCAUAGGUAUCCCAUAAGUGGUAGUCAUUCAGAUAUAAAUUUAAGAAGUCAGUAAAGAAAAGUUAAAAUUGCCAUGUGUGUGUUUUCACUGUUGCUAAAAUCUGACAUAUCUGUGCAUUCCCAGGUAUUUGUUAUUUGCAAAGACAGUGUGCUAGAAGUAAUCUUUAAUUUUUUGUAUCAGUGUAAUAACAAUAUUAUAUUAAUGCUACUGGAAUUCAAUUGCUUUUUCUAUAUCAGAAUUUAUCAUACUUUAUUCAUUUACCAUAGGUCAUUAAACAGAGCCUGCUCAAAUUUGUGGUACAAUUAUUUUAAAAUUCAUUUCUCCUGUUGACUCUUAUGAAUGGCAGAAAGACAAAAAAGUUUCAUCUUGAGUAAUAGUUUAAAAUAAUUUCCUGUCACUGAGAUAGAAAUCCAAACAUAUUGGAGGAAAAUUUAAAUAUAAACAUUUUGGAGGGAAAAUGCAAAAAAGGAUUCCUUACAGCAAUGAACAAAAUCUAAUUUGGGAUCCUAAUACCUAUGGCAAUAGUAAAGUUUCAUUAUCUGCUUCAGAAUAACCACCUCUGAAAUUGUUACUCUGCCAUGUUCUAAGCUAUGAAGAACUUCCAAAACUUAAAUGUGUCAGGAAAUGUAAAGCCUACGUCUAGGUACAGGAAGGCCAAAAUUUCCUAAGUUUCUUAAGUGAGCAAUAAUAGAAUAAAGCACAUAGGUGACAGAAAUACAAUGAGGUGUAAACGGAGUAUUUUGUGAUGAGCAUGUCGAAUUAGCAAAGCCCAGUAUUCUGCUUACAUUGUUUGUGUCACUGCCUCUUUUUUCCUCAGCUAGUAAUCUUGGGUUGUAUGGUUUUUUAAAUUUAAUUUUGAAUGUUCUUGCACGAUUGAUACAUCUCUCAGCAGUACUAAAGAUAAGUUGUUUAUGACAUAUCUAUACCAGUGUCACUGAAUGUAUACACUGAUACAUAAAUGUUUGUUUUAUUAAGUAAAAGAAGUAUUUGCUGUUUAAAAAUGUGUUAUUUGGGGCCAUCUAUCUUUGUGUUCAUUUUUGGUACAUAUGUGUACAUGCAUUAAAAUCUUAAUUUUUCUUUUGCUUUUGUUUAGAUUAAAUCACACAUAGAAGAUGGAACAAAACAGCACAGUUGUGAAAAUAGGAGGUUAGGUUCUAUUUAGUUUCAUUCCCUUUGGGAAUACUGCUUUUGCCAUUUUAGUUUGAUGUACAAUAAUCUAAAAAGGAUCCCCUACUGACUUGCUUCCUAAUUAUUAUUGUUUUACACAAAAGAAGGGAAAUACAUCUUUAACUGAGUUGUUUGAUGUAUUUCCCUUUGUGUAGAUUUCCCAGGCUGAUGUUUCAUUGUAAGAAUACUACAUUAUAGACUGCUUGGCCAUUUUGCAAGCAACUAAUCUAUGAUUUUGAAACAGUCUGCUUUAAGAGAUCGAAAUAUCUUUGUUUUUAAUAAAAUGCUUAAUGUUUCACUAUG